AUGGCAAAUGAGAAACUUAGUUUGACGGUUUCUGUAGGCGAUUCUAUUGAUUCUCUCCAACCAGUGACUUUCAACGACGAUGCGCAUCCUGUACAUAUAAAAAACAGCGCUUUUGAAGGCGAUGUUGCUAUUCGUAUCCGUGGUCGACCCGGUAAUACACACUACUUUGACCACUCGGACGACACCUUUUGUAUUCAAAUCCGCGGUCGGUUUUUGCAUGAGCAUCUUACCGCAGACGAUAUCCUUUUCGGCAACCAGUUCGAUCGACCGAUUCGCCUACCCACGGGGUCGUCUGUCGCGCUCAAAUUCGCACAGUGGUUCGAUCCCGGACUACAAGCCGAUCUUUACAGUGACCAACCCCAUGCUUUCUCGCCUCUUAUUGUUACCAUGAAUCGAUUAGCUGUCACCCAGUCAAAAGACAUGCUUGCAUUCCCCAGUGAUGGUGCACCUGUUGAAGAAGACGUCACCAUGCUGUCAUUUGAUUUGAAGUCUCCCAAAGAUCGCAAGACAUUCUAUACCAGCGCACAGAAUCGAAAAGCUGUCCAAAUUUCAGACGAUCAGGUUUGGUGUAUGGAUUUCGGUAAUCCUUACUUGGACUUUGCCAAGUGCACCGUGCGUUUACCUGGAUUCGAAGUGGAUGCAUUACGUUAUUGGGACGGUCAGCCUGUUCGUUACGUGGCAAAGACAAAAGAUGACUCGAUGGUAUUUUUUGUCAUCGAAUUCAAUUUACAGGAAGGAUCCAAAGGCAUUAAUACCGAGGACCAAACCGCUAAAACUGAGGAUAAAAACGAAGAUACGGAUAUUGAUUAA